UCCGGCUUCUGCAGUGUCACGUGGGGUGGUUUGUGUACAGUUUGGCUUGAGGCGUGCACACAAACUCCAUUUUGUUUCGUUUUAGCAUUCGACGUCUAUGGUGACCGACAGACAGGCAAACAGAUAGCACUCUGAACGCAACGUCAAAGAUCACUGAUUUAAAAAAUGAGUGGAUGUCGUAUAUUCAUCGGCCGGCUAAGCCCUUCUGCCAGAGAGAAGGAUGUGGAGAGAUUCUUCAGAGGUUACGGCCGCAUCCGGGACAUUGAUCUGAAGAGAGGCUUUGGCUUUGUGGAGUUCGAUGACCCCAGAGAUGCUGAAGACGCCGUGUAUGAACUUGACGGCAAAGAACUUUGUAAUGAAAGGGUGACCAUAGAGCACGCUCGUGUGCGUCUGCGGGGCGGCCGAGGAGGAAGAGGAGGGAGCAGUGGCGGCGGCGGUGGUGGAGGAGGCCGCUUCUCUGAUCGUUACGGUCGCGGCUCUCAGAGCAAUCGGAGUCGAAACCCGCCUCCGAUGCGCACUGAGAACCGUCUGAUUGUAGAGAACUUGUCCUCCCGUGUCAGCUGGCAGGACCUUAAAGAUUUCAUGAGGCAAGCUGGAGAGGUGACAUUUGCUGAUGCACACCGACCUAAACUCAACGAAGGAGUGGUUGAGUUUGCCUCUUACAGUGACCUGCAAAAUGCACUUGAUAAACUGUCUGGAAAGGAAAUCAAUGGCAGGAAAAUCAAGCUCAUUGAGGCAGCCAAGAAGAGGUCGAGGAGUCGUUCGCAGUCGGACAGUUCCUCUCGCUCCCGUUCCCGCUCCCGCUCUCGUUCUCGUUCCCGCUCCCGCGAUCGUUCCGCAUCCGGCAGUCCCAGACGCUCCUGCAGCCCAGCCAAGACCUGCAGUCGCUCCCGCAGCGGCUCCCGCAGCGGCUCCCGCGGCGGCUCCCGCGGCGGCUCCCCCAUCGCCAACGCGGCCUCCCCGAACUCCAAGUCAGUGGAUCCAAACAAACAAACGAGCGCGUCUGCAAGCCCGCCCCCUGCUCCUCCUCACGAGAAAGGCUCGGCCUCUCGCUCACGUUCUCGUUCACGCUCACCUUCCACUGAUAGCCAGCGCUAAGAGCCGUCUAGAUUCUCAUUGGAGCCAUUAACAGUACAUACAGAAUACAUUUGAAGGGUUUUGCCUGCUGGCUCGACAAAAA